UUUGCUUUUCCCUUUCUUCUCUUCUCCAUGCCUCCAUCUCAGUUUCUCUUUCCUUUUGAAGACUUACUGGACUUUAAAACCCUUUUUAAUUGAGACUGUGUACACCUAAAUCACUGUCUUUAAAUGGUGAUUAAAGAUAAUGUACAGAAAGUGUAUAUACUUAGAACAGAGGACAAGAACUCAGGCUUGUCACCUUGUCCUAGGAGGCAGCUCUGACCUGUGAAGGAUGAGGCAGUGGAGUCCCCUCAGCUGAGGUCACUGACCACUCAUCAAGGGGACUGUCCUCCCAGGAAGACACACUGGAAACGUAGUGUCCUUGUAAAUAUCUCAGCCAGGUCUAGUGAAGUUCUCUAACAUUGAUACAGCAAUCAAACAUGUGCCCCAUGAGGAAGUAGCCAACAGGAAAUACAUGGCCACCACAGACAAGGGCCAAAACAAUGAGGAAGUGGCUACGUACACAUACCAAGGCAGCAGGGUAUUUAAGGGGCCCCAGCAGGAGGGGGCAUCAGACACCCUCUGCUCUCCUGAGUCCUCUCUCCUUACCUCACCUGAGUCUUCUCUACUGACACCAUGGGUUGCUGUGGUUGUGGAGGUUGUGGUGGCUGUAACAGCUGUGGAGGCUGUGGCAGCUGUGGCAGCUGUGGAGGCUGUGGCAGCUGUGGAGGCUGCAACAGCUGCACCACCUGCAGAUGCUACCGGGUUGGCUGCUGCUCUAACUGCUGCCCCUGCUGCCGUGGCUGCUGUGGGGGCUGCUGCAGCACCCCCGUGGUCGUCUGCUGCCGCCGCACCUGCUGUAACUCCUGCGGCUGCGGCUGUGGGAAGGGCUGCUGCCAGCAGAAGUGCUGCUGCCAGAAGAAGUGCUGCUGCUAGCUGGGCCGCCUGUCCUGUGGUGGCAUUCGCUCAGAUGUCCUUGCACACUGAAAUUCUUCCAAGUUAAAUAAAGAAAUCCUUGUUGGAAACACAAAAUGUGCUACUGUCAGAUUCAUUUACGAUCAAAGUCAUAGAAGAUGGAUUGAGAGCCUCAUACUCAAGAACAAAACUACUGGCUGCAGCUUGAGACCAUAAUGCUAAAUGAAAUAAAUCAGACCCAGAAGUUAAAUAUUGCGUGGUUGGUUUUAUAUGAGAAACCCAAAGUGCAAGUAAUUUAAAGAGCAAGAUAAAUGAUAGGAAUAAGGAAGGUAGACCUUUUACAAAUGGGAAGGAGAUCUA